UCACACGCCCGCGCCGCCGCCCGGCCACCCGCGCUGGGCGCCGCGCGUGUGCGGCGGUGACGGUCAGCGGGGGCCGGUUCUGGGAAAGAUGACCACUCUCACACGGCAGGACCUUAACUUUGGGCAAGUUGUUGCGGAUGUUCUUUCAGAAUUUCUGGAAGUGGCUGUUCACCUUAUCUUAUAUGUCAGAGAAGUUUACCCUAUUGGGAUCUUUCAGAAGAGGAAAAAAUACAAUGUACCUGUCCAGAUGUCCUGCCACCCAGAGCUGAAUCAGUACAUCCAGGACACACUGCACUGUGUAAAGCCACUGCUCGAGAAGAAUGAUGUGGAGAAAGUCGUAGUUGUAAUCCUGGAUAAAGAGCACCACCCUGUGGAGAGAUUUGUCUUUGAGAUCACCCAGCCACCUCUUCUUUCCAUUAGUUCAGAGUCCCUGCUGUCCCAUGUGGAGCAGUUACUGCGUGCCUUCAUCCUGAAGAUCAGUGUGUGUGAUGCUGUCCUUGACAAUAAUCCCCCAGGUUGUACCUUCACCGUUCUGGUUCACACACGGGAGGCUGCCACACGGAACAUGGAAAAGAUCCAGGUGAUAAAGGAUUUCCCAUGGAUCCUUGCUGAUGAACAAGAUGUGCACAUGCAUGACCCCCGGCUCAUCCCCCUGAAAACUAUGACAUCUGAUAUCUUAAAGAUGCAGCUAUAUGUAGAAGAGCGAGCCCACAAAGGCACCUGAUUUCAAAUCUUCCUUGCCUUCAAGCCUCAUCUGAUCUUCCAGUGGAAUAAGGUGUCUCACAAACCAUACCUUGAUAACCGUCUCUUCAGCUGGCCUUCUGGGUGAAUGUAGAGUAGCUGCUGCCUCUUUAUUUCAAGUGCUCUUACCACUGUAUAUAAAACUGACUUGGAAUGUGGAGCCAGAGCCUGUUCCCAUGUACACUCAUGUGUGAGAGUGAGUAUAGGUUUUGUUACAGCGAAUCCCUGGGGGCAGGAUAUAGGCAACUGCAGUAUGCAGCCAGUGCUUUGUACCAAUCCAGUUCUCACCUUAGUAGGGCAUCACCAUUGCUCAUGGGUAGUGAUAUACAGCAAUCUGUUACAUGCUCCACUAGAGCGAUGGACUCAUACUAAGGGUGAGUGAGGCCUUAUGUAGUGUCUGUCCACUGUGACUGUCCCAAAUAGUCUUCAAUAAAUAUUAAGUUUUACCCCUGUUGAACUAGGCUGAGUUCUGUCCAAACCAGCCUCCCCCCUUAAGUGAGGAAGUAUUUUUAUUUGGUAUGGAGCUUUGUAUUUUAUGUGGAGCUUCUACCACUUUUCCAUACCUUUUCUGGAACAUAUGUGGAAUCUGUCAAUUCCUAUGAGAGGCUAUACAACCUUGAUCUCUCCCCUUUCCAUGGGAGAGCUUUCACCUAUAAGUGGCAUUAGCAAGGUGGAAUGCAUCUGUCCGGCAAGGACACUUGCCAAUGUCCUACUCCUAACAGAGAGCAGACAAGGGAAACCAUUGUUAAUCCUACACCUAUCAAAGGAGCUGGAAGAAGGUCUUAGUAUUGGCUCUGUGCAUACAGAGGUAGAAGACAUGGUUCUUAGUAUUUAAGCUGAGCUUGUUGGUCAGACAAUUUGAUAAGACAGCCAGUAUAGUACCUCCCUGCUUCCUCCAAGGAAAAAGUGUGAGAAUACUAUAGAUUGAGGUUGUGCACUGCUUUAACAUUUUAUGUAGGGUUAAACUGUUCAGUACAAACCAAGUACUUUGGUAGUACAAAGGUAAUAUGGAAAAAGCCCAUCACAAUCAAAAGGCACUUAUGUUGUAAGGUAGCCACCUUAAUGGAUUUCUUAUCUCCUCCUGCUCUAGCUGUUUAUUCAAACAAUGACGGGCUGUAUUUGGACAGGGAAGGCAUGUAGCAUUUUGGUCAUACACACUUACAGAAACAGUAAGGAAUUAAGUACCAGUGACACGGCAUUUAUGAAAAAGGGUUGACAGUUUCCUUAUGCUAUGAAAGGUCUGAUGUGAAAGAUACAUGUUUUUAUACAGAAUUAAACUGAAAGAGGAAAAUACCAUACAAAACAAGUCUCUCUGUAGCAGAGCCCUUGAGGACAGCACUGAUAAUCUGAAAUAAAACAUUUUAGCCUUA